CGAAUCCGUUCCCUAAUUCGAAAUCGAAUGGGGUCGGUCUUGUCGUGCGUGCGUGGCUGCGCGAGCGACUUGACUGCACCCGACCCCCCUCCUCCCAGUCCCCACACACUGCACGCCGCCGCCGGGUCCUCCUAGGGUUUCGCCGCGAUGUCGCUCCGGCCGAGCGAGCGGGAGCAGAUGCGGAAGGGCAACUACAAGCAGACGGUGGACGCGGAGGAGAGCCGCCGCCGCCGCGAGGGCCAGAUGAUGGACAUGCGCAAGGCCAAGCGCGAGGAAAGUCUCCAGAAGAAGCGCUGCGAUGGGUUUCCCGCCUCCGCCGCCGGUGUGCCGCCGAUGGGCCACUCCACCGCGCUCCAGCAGAAGGGUAUGGGUGACGUGGUGGCACUCGAUCUGCUGGGUUCAGAUCUGAUUUUCUUGGUGACGGGAUGGCUUGCCGGCGAUGGUGCAGGCCGUCCACUCCAACGACCCCUCCGGGCAGCUUGAGGCCACCACACAGUUCAGGAAGCUGCUUUCUAUAGUUGAGAUUGGGAUCUUAUGUGCAGUUAGCAUUCCAGAUGGAUAGAGUUUAGGGGUUGAGAUUUGGGCCAUGCUCGAGGUAUUAGGCCAUACCCAAACGUGAGGGUAUGGUCAGUUGUAGCUGUUUCGGGCAAUUGUUGUAUACAGGACUUGACUUGUGGAUUGUGAGCUAUCAAAAUUAGUCGUUGCACCCUCUCAUUUUCAGAUUACUUAAUUUACUGUCUCGUCAGAAAAAAAACAAACCCUAUCCUAUGGCCUCUGCAACAUGCAUAUGACCAUGUAUGCCCAAAAGUUCUGAAAAAAGUUAUACUCCUGAAAGCAUUUGAUUUCAUGAACCACUAUUCUAUUUUUUCCAGUAGUGUUCUGCUUGCAGCUGGGGCAAUUAUCAUUGCAUCCAUGUGUGUGUUUGCGCAUGCAUGUGUGUGUUAUACAUUGUUUUAUUGUCUUAAAAUGGUAUAUGCAGACUAUGUGUGUGUUUGCGCAUUAGUGUGUGUUAUACAUUGUUUUAUUGUCUUAAAAAGGUCAUGGAGAGUCUGCGUACCUCUUUUCAUAUUCUUGUACAUCGUAGAUAGCAGCUUUGAUAUCUUGUGGGAUUCUUGUAUUUGUUGGUGAAUCCAGAUGAGUGCAUGGUACUUCUUUCUUAAUUCCCACUACAACUUUAUGUGAAAGUUAAGUAGUAACUUGCUGAUUGAGUUUCCAUAAAUUUCUCUCGUAGUCCCCCAAUCGAAGAGGUGAUCAGCACAGGAGUGGUGUCGCGAUUCAUUGAGUUUCUUACACGUGAGGACCAUCCCCAACUCCAGUUUGAGGCUGCAUGGGCACUCACCAACAUUGCAUCAGGCACAUCAGAGAACACUAAGGUGGUCGUUGAGAGUGGUGCUGUGCGCCUGUGCCCAUCUUUGUCAAGCUACUCAACUCCCUCAAGCGAGGAUGUUCGUGAAUAGGCAUGCACUAAAUUACAAGAGAUGUGUCUUAUUAUGACCCGGGGCAGAUCCAGAAUUUUUCUAUGACCCAAGCCAAAUCUACCAAAUUUUCUUCUUUUUAUUUUAUCUUAACUAUUUUGUACCAUAUUAAAUAGAGACUUAUAUAGAGUUACAUGGAUCAAGCCCUGGGCCACAGAUCGGGUGGCCUGUGGUGUAGAUCUGCCACUGAUUAUGACUAUGGAUGAGACUUUUGUGAUGUAAUUGAUGAGACUAUGGAUUUAAAUAUUGUUAUGUGAUUGUGUGUGA